CUAGCUCUCUCCUCCAGGAUGGAGACCCUCCCAGAGCCUCUUCUGGUCCGAAUCUUCGCAUCCCUCCCUGCAGUCGAACUGGUCUUGGUGUGUCGCCUCGUCUGUUCCCAGUGGAAAAACCUGAUUGACGGAGCUGCCCUCUGGUUGUUGAAAUGCCAGCAGGAGGGUUUCGCUGGGGAAGACGCAGAAGAGGAGAGCGCCGACAGCUGGCAGACGCUCUACUUCCUGAAUAAGAGGAAGCGUAAUUUAAUCAAGAACCCGGACGGUGAAGAGGGCCUUGAACACUGGGAGGAUGUGGGAAAUGGAGGGGACGGCUGGGCAAUCGAGGACCUGCCUGGAAAUUUUGGGCAAGAAUUCCCCAGCGAGGAUGUCCAUAAAUACUUUGUCUCCUCUUUUGAGUGGUGCUGUAAGUCGCAAGUCAUUGAUCUCCGCGCCGAAGGAUACUGGGAGGAGCUUAUGGACACCACCCAGCCUAAAAUUGUGGUGAAAGACUGGUAUGCAGCCCGCUGUGACGCUGGCUGCCUCUACAACUUGAAAGUGCAGCUCCUGUCUUCGACAGAGGAGGUGCUGGCCGAGUUUGUGAGCGACACCAUUGCCGUCCCUCAAGGCAACGAGGGCGAAUGGACCGAGAUCACCCACACCUUCGCCGACUACGGUCCCGGGGUCUGCUUCGUUCGCUUCGAACACGGCGGUCAGGACACGGUCUACUGGAAGGGCUGGUACGGGGCACGGGUGACCCACAGCAGCGUGACUGUAGAGCCGUAGUGGCGGAAACGGAGACCCCUGGAGCCGCAUAGGAGCCUGCGCAUCAUGCCAUCCCUCAGCGAGGCCAGAGUCAACUUUGCAUGGUUGUCCUCGGGGCUGGAUGAAACCUGGCGCUAAAUGCCCAACAGGACUUUUGCACUUGCUGUGACCUAUUUCUCUGAAAUUUCCCUAAGCGAGAGAGAAAAUAGAGUGCUUUCUUACCUUAAAAGUGUUUCCCUGGGUCUUCCAGCCAUGUAGAAUAAUAUGAUGCUGGCUUGUGUGUAAA